AUGGCCCAGGUCUUCACGGCUGUGAUGAGAGGAGUGGUGGCCAUGGCUCAGCUUGCUUGGGUCGUGAUGGUGGUGAUGGGCCCGACAGUCUCCAGGGCCCAGGUCUUCACGGGCAUGAGCCCCGUGAAGACCGAGGCCACCCAGCGCCACGGCCGUGAAGACCAAGGUCACAUAAGCCGUCGAGAUGGCGCCCGCAACGACCAUCAGGGCAACCGGACCUACUGCCAUCUACUCUCCCCAGGUGUUCCACUGGGACGUGAGGCGCCAAUAGGCUUGUUCCAGGCCGAAAAGUCAUGUGACGAGGACGAGAACAACGGUAUUACGUCAGCCGAAUAUGCGCCCCCGUAUAAGCGCCGUGCCGUCGCUGUCGCUGCCGGUUCCCUGAGCCACUUCUUUAUCGAAACUGAAGGACUUAGCCGCGUCCAGGGGCUCUACAAUAGCAACCCUACGAGAUUACACCGGCUUAGAACUCGUUACCCCUUAGUACAGCCAACGGUCUUACCGCCUCCCGGCCCAGGCGGCCGCGCUAUUGCCGAAUUUCUCAGCAAGCACGGCACCCCCACCAUCCAAUCGAAAGUAGCGGAGCCGGGCUCCCGCGUCCGGGACUUCAUUAAGAGCGGUGACCAGCAGGAUAUCGAGAACCGGAAACACGUCCUAUUCUACGAGAAACCACCCACCGCUAGAGAGCUCAGAGCUUGGGCUGAGUGGGACAAGAACCUCCCCAUCAUGCAGGCGAAGUUCGAGGAGUGGGAACAGUUAGCCACGGUACGCAGGCCCCGAAGAAUCUCUCAGCGCCAUACAAGCUUCCCGUUUCCCGACUUGCCAAGUGAGUUGGAGAGCGAUGGCGAUGCAGAGACGGAGAGCGAUAUCGAGAUGGAAGACGUGACUGAAGAGGAUAGCGAGGCCGCUUCCGAGGACGAAGACGAGGGGGUACAGGGCUAA